UCGGGACGGUCCGCUUGUCAUGAGGAGCAGAUGCACACGGCACGCAUGCGCACUGAAGAGCAUUUCUACCCUCCAGGGUUUUUUUCCCCCCUCCAACCAAUCACCCAAGGCGCAGGCGCGAAAGCCCCGCGUUGGAAAAUGUCGGGGAAGUUGGAGCCUUUGAAAAUGGAGCCGCUGGAAGUCGAGGAGGCUGAGGAAGGGCAGACCAAGUCUUUGAAGAAGACUGAAGAUUUGCUGGCAAUGGUGAAAAAGCUACAGAAAGAGGGAAGCCUGGAGCCACAGAUAAGAGACCUGAUUCACCGGAUUAAUGAGCUUCAGCAAGCAAAGAAGAAAUCCAGUGAGGAAUUGGGAGAAGCCCAAGAUCUCUGGGAGGCCUUGCACAGGGAAUUGGACUCCUUGAAUGGAGAGAAAGUGCACCUAGAAGAGGUCUUGAGUAAAAAGCAAGAAGCACUGAGGAUCCUCCAGCUGCACUGCCCAACGACGGAAGGUGAAGCUCAGAGGUUGCACGCCGAAGAACAGUUGGAGGAUUUGACGGGCCAACACAAGGCCCUCUGGGAAUUCCAGAUGCUGGAGCAGCGACUGGCCUGGGAGAUCCGUGCCUUGGAGAGCAGCAAGGCACAACUGCUCACUGAAGAGAAUUUGGCACGUGCCAAGCUGGAGCUGGUGGAGCAGCAGCUGCGCUUGCCCCCUGUGGUCGAGGGUGCCUCGGCAGUGAACGACGGGUGAGAGGGAAAGAAGGCCUCGCGAAGUGAAAGGGGCAAGGAGGAAGGAAACGGGCCGAUGCCCCCACAG